AUGGGCUUUUUGAAAGAUGUGGAAACCUUCCUCCUGCCCGCUGAUAUACUUGCCGACGAAGGCAUUCCUUCGGUUUCAAUUGCAUGGCUGGACAACCCGUCAGGUAAUACACAAUGUCAUACCAUCACCAAGGGUCGAGAAAAUACAGAAACUAUAUAUCAAGCAUGCAGCAUAUCAAAAGCCAUCACAGCUCUUGCUGUUGCGAAACUCGUCGACCAAGGAAGGUUGACAUACGACACUAAAGUUGUCGACCAUAUCCCACAAAGCAUACUUGAAAGUAUUGGAUCUGAGUACUUGAUGGUGGGUGUCACCGUCGGUAGGCUCCUCAGCCACACAUCUGGUCUAUCAGGCCAUGGUUUCCAUGGUUAUCUCGGCGAAGACCUGCCCACCUACGAGGACAUCUUUGCUGGACGGGCGCCAGCAAACAAUCAACGCCUAAGAUUUUCGAGCUUUCCGGGAAGUGAAAUGAGGUACUCUGGUGGCGGCUACACUCUCUUGCAGGUCUUCCUCGAAAAGUUCACAGGAACGAACUUUGCAUACUUCAUGCGGCAAACAGUCCUCGAGCCUUUGGGAAUGAAUCGCAGUGUGUUCGGAGACCUAUCUUACCAGGAGAAAAACUAUGCCCAAGCACAUUUCACAGCACACACACUCGGCACAACAGGACGAGGUUACCACAGAUUCGCAGAGCUGGCAGCUGCAGGACUGUGGUCGACGCCCUCAGAUCUUUUGAAAGCAACCUCCGCCAUUCAAGCCUCCCUCUAUUCCGGCGUUCCUGGUUCGCCUCGAACUUUUCUCUCCCAGGAGACCGCCCGCGCGAUGCUCACCAAAGCGCAUCCCAACCCUCCCGAACCCACCCGCCAAACAGCCAUGGGCUGGUUCAUCGACUCCACCUUCUUCGCUCACGCAGGCGCCAAUGAACCGGGCUAUACCUGCUACCUUCUCGCCAACCACUCCACCACCCMACAAACCUCUCCCUUCAGUCUCGCAAUAAUGACAAACUCCACUCUAGGCUUCCCCAUGAUAAAAAAACUGAUAGCUGCCAUAUUCGCUAUGAGACGAGUUUCCUUCUAUCCAAACCUCCCAGGUGGAAUCUCCAGUAUGUCAGACUUUGUUCCCCUGACAGCGCCUGAGAGUAUUCGUGUAGCGGGAUGGGAGAGGUGGGCCGGACAUUGGGGAGACGACUGGGAGAUCUACGAGGAUGAUGGCUUGCCGAUGGUCGCCUGGGAUGGGUCAGAGAUGCCGCAUAGAUUGAUUCAYGCCGCUUCGGAGAGUCCUGUGGUAGAGGGGGUGCUAGGUUUCAUUUUCAAAAUCGAAGGGGUCGAGAUGGGCAUCAGGUUGGUUCCUGGUGUUGGUGGGACGAAGUGGAUUGAAAUAAUAGGGGAUUCUGUCAAGGUUUUGGAGAGAUCUAGAGCGUAUACGAUAGAGCCGUAA